UCUUCCAUCUCUCUCUCUCUCGCUCGCUCGCUCGCCGCUCAGAUUGGAGUGUAAGCGGUCUCCCAAAUCUAUCUCGAAUCAAGGCUGGAGUCUCAAAAGGGCUCUUUUUCCAAUACCUAGUUCGGGUAAUUGGGAAGAAAUACCAAUGAGCUUGAGAAUUGGCAUAAUUUAUGCCAUAGGCCUUUGAUAAAUUGCAAGAAAAGCAUUAUGUCUCAUCGUAAGUUUGAGCACCCAAGACAUGGCUCCUUGGGAUUUCUUCCAAGGAAAAGGGCUGCUCGCCACCGUGGGAAAGUGAAGUGCUUCCCCAAAGAUGACCCAUCUAAGCCCUGCAGGUUGACUGCAUUCAUGGGAUACAAGGCUGGAAUGACACAUAUUGUUAGAGAAGUUGAAAAGCCUGGAUCAAAGCUUCACAAAAAGGAAACUUGUGAAGCUGUGACGAUUGUUGAAACUCCACCAAUGGUGGUUGUUGGGGUUGUUGGUUAUAUCAAAACACCUCGUGGACUCCGCUCUCUUAAUACUGUUUGGGCCCAGCAUCUCAGUGAGGAGGUUAAGAGGAGAUUCUACAAGAAUUGGUGCAAGUCUAAGAAAAAGGCUUUCACUAAGUAUUCCAAGAAGUAUGAAACUGAUGAAGGGAAAAAGGACAUUCAGGCUCAGUUUGAGAAAUUGAAGAAGUACUGUAAUGUGAUACGUGUUUUGGCUCAUACCCAGAUUCGAAAGAUGAAGGGUCUUAAGCAGAAGAAGGCCCACCUGAUGGAGAUUCAGAUCAACGGAGGUGAUGUUGCUGAGAAGGUUGAUUAUGCUUCCAGCUUUUUUGAAAAGCAGGUUCCUGUGGACGCUGUGUUCCAGAAAGAUGAGAUGAUUGAUAUUAUUGGGGUUACCAAGGGUAAAGGUUACGAGGGUGUGGUGACUAGGUGGGGGGUAACCCGCCUCCCCCGCAAGACCCACCGUGGGCUCCGCAAGGUAGCAUGUAUUGGUGCCUGGCAUCCUGCUAGGGUGUCAUUUACUGUUGCUAGGGCUGGGCAGAAUGGCUACCAUCAUCGAACAGAGAUGAACAAGAAGAUCUAUAAGCUUGGCAAGAUUGGUCUGGAGUCUCAUUCUGCCAUCACCGAGUUUGACAGGACUAAGAAGGAUAUAACACCAAUGGGAGGAUUUCCACACUACGGUGUGGUGAAGGAUGAUUUCCUGAUGAUAAAGGGUUGCUGUGUGGGACCGAAGAAGCGUGUUGUGACCUUGAGGCAGUCCCUGAUUGCACAGACAUCUAGGGUUGAGAUGGAGACUAUCAAUCUCAAGUUUGUCGAUUCCUCUUCUAAGUUUGGACAUGGUCGGUUCCAGACAUCAGGUGAGAAGGGCAAGUUCUAUGGACGGCUCAAAGCUUAACCACCAGGGUUACAAAAAGCUAUUGCGAUUGUGUGCAACUUUAAAUUUGUGAGGGGCCUCGUCAGUGAUAAUUAUAUCUGAUUUUUCGUAUUUUCAACUAGCUUUUUUUUGUGGGAUUUAUGUUAACCGGCAAUUUUGGCUUGAUGCGUGCUAUAAUAAUAAGAUUAGACCAAUAUUUUGAAUCUGA